GGCGGAAGUCAUGGCAGACGAAGCAAAGAGUUUGUUGGCUCUUUUAAACGGCAUUGCACGCAAAGAUUUCUACAAUGACACAGAUAUUACACACGAUUUGCUCAAGAGUGAACUAUACGCGGAUAUGUCGGAGGAGGAUUUUCAAAAUCUGAUGAAGAAAUCGACCAAUUUAAUCAAGAGCAUGUCAUCAGCUGACAUGGAUUUUAACCAACUGGAAGCCUUCUUGACAUCGCAGACAAGGAAGAAGGAUGGUGGACUGACAGAGGAGCAGGCCAAAGUUUAUGCCAAGUUCUGGAAAAACCAUAAGACAAAAAUCCAUGAUAGCCUAGUUGCCCAAUCUACAUGGGAUAAUACUCUUAAAUCUGUUAACUGGAGGAUAGAUAUAAAAACUCAGGCAAAACACAUUGAACAAAUCAACACCCCCACUGCCAUUGUAGAGGUGCAAUUAGAAAGUGCUAAAGAUAAGACCCAAGAGACUCAGACAUUUGAGAUGGAUGAAGAAAAACUAAAAGAUGUUUUAAGCAGUAUACAGGACAUUGAAAAACAGAUUGUUCAGUAUUGCCAAAAUCAGGGAUAACACAGGAAAGGAAAUGACAGGAAAUAAAAUUUAUAUUACACAUUGUUAUAAGAUUUAAGAGGGGCCUGCUGGCAUAGAAUGUUUAGGUGCACGUUAAGUUAAACAUUUGAUGAAUGUCUGUGAGAUUACCAAAAAAAUAAAGACUGAAAUUUCAAGAAGGGUGACUGAUAUAAGCAUGAUUAAGAUGUGUUAGAGAUGCCUUGUGAGGUGCAUUUAAAUUGCUCUUCUGAACAUUUUAUAAAAUGGCAAAAGAAAUGAUGUACAAUUCUUGUAAUAGUAGUAGUUAUUUAUGUCAGUUGGGAUUGGCUAUGUGAAAAGGCCUGAUUUCAUGAGCUGGUGAUACAGGAUUAUGAUUUAAAUUCGCCCUAUAUUAAGACAAUAAAACAGAAAUUGCCAAGAAGUUGAUUCUGGAAAAAAUUAUAAAAAUUAAAUAGAUAUGACUAUUAAAAGAGAGAACUUUAAAGAGAUAAAGUUUUGCAUAUUAAAAAAAAAAAAGAAAAGAAAUACCAUAAAAAUAAGAUGUAUCAUUUCAAGAUCAUAUUUUGUUGCAAUGACAAUUUUUAAACUUGCAACAC